AUUUCUUCAUUGAAUAUUUCAAAGUUGGAAUAAAUAUGAAUGAAGACUUGGUGGCUUGGUGCCGCAACUAUAUUACUAGCUAGCAGGCUCAGUCUCAUUUUCGUUACUGGUGAUGAAGGCCGAUUACUGAUUAUUGAGCCUUCCUAGCUAAGCUAAUAUGAAUUAUUCCUUUGUGUUCUUUCAGUCUUCUUUGAUUCCUUUGCUUUUGAUCACUUCCUUUCUGUCGAUCAAUUUUCGAUCAAGUGUGUGUGCUGAUACAGCAGAGUAUGCCAACUGCAGCCUACCUGUUACCUGUGGGAGCGUCAAAAGCAACAUCUCAUACCCCUUUUGGGGGUCCGACCGACCCGAAUACUGUGGUAAAUCUGGGUUUGAGGUCACAUGCAACGCCAAUGUCCCGAUGAUCACCAUGAAGAAAAUCAAUUUCAGAAUUCUUGACAUGAGCAGUAGCACUAUUACACCAACUCCGACUGUGACAGUUGCAAGGGAGGAUUACUGGAAUACUCUCUGUCCUCCGAGUUAUAUUGACACAGACCUCAAUUUCUCUCUAUUUGAGUAUGCAUCUGGCCCUCAAAACGUGUCUUUUUACUACGGAUGCCAUGAGGCUGGAAGUUCAGCGUUGUCAAUAUGCAAUAGUACAGUGACCGUUACCUUUCUCACAGAGAAGGAAACUGCUAAGCUUCCCGAUUCAACUGCCUCGGGCUCCUGUGCAGCUGUGGUUUUGGUUCCAGUGUCUGCGGCAGCUGCUGAAGCACUAGACAAAAAUGAAACAUCAACUAUCCAGAGUGCGGUAGAUGGUGGUUUUGAAUUGAAUGUGCAGGAUGAUGAUACUGUUCUUUGCAACAACUGUGUGGUCUCAGGAGGAUUUUGUGGGCAAAACACUACUAAUGCUGAGUUCGUUUGCUAUUGCCAAUAUGGCACUUCAGCAACCACAUGUGAUUCAAAGUUAGCCACCAGUUCAUCAUCAGGAGAUGCAUUGGGAUUGAAGCUAGGACUAGGUGCAGCUGGUCUUGUGAUUCUAGUAAUAGUUGUUGUUUGCUGCUUCAGGAAGAAGUUGUCUGAUAAAUUUACGUUCUUUUGGAUGAACAAAAAUCAUAGUCGAGAAAUUGUUCAGGAAUUUCUAAAGGACCAUGGACCACUUCAUGUUAAGAGAUACAGCUACUUGGAUGUGAAGAAAAUGACCGACUCCUUCAAGGAAAAAUUAGGACAAGGGGGUUACGGUGGUGUAUACAAAGGAAAAUUAGACGAUGGAUGUCUUGUAGCAGUGAAGAUCUUGAACAGAACAAAAGGUAAUGGAGAAGAGUUUAUGAAUGAGGUUGCAGCCAUUAGUAGAACUUCCCAUGUCAACAUUGUCAGGUUGUUGGGGUUUUGUUUUGACGGUUCAGAAAGAGCUCUCAUCUAUCAAUACAUGCCUAAUGGAUCUUUGGAGAAGUUCAUAUAUGAUGCAAAUAACCCACAAAAAAAUCAACACUUGGCGUGGGAAGCAUUGGAUCGAAUUGCACUUGGCAUUGCUCGAGGACUAGAGUAUUUACAUCGCGGUUGUAACACAAGAAUUCUGCAUUUCGAUAUUAAGCCUCACAACAUUCUUCUUGAUGAGAAUUUCUCACCGAAAAUCUCAGAUUUUGGCCUUGCAAAAAUAUGUAAGGGAAAUGAGAGCAUUGUGUCAAUGUUGGGUGCAAGAGGUACUUGUGGAUACAUUGCUCCAGAAGUUUUCUGUAGAAAUUUUGGUGGUGUCUCACACAAAUCCGAUGUGUACAGCUACGGAAUGAUGCUUUCAGUGAUGGUUGGGGGAAAAAAGAACAUCAGUGUUGAAGUUGAAGACACUAGCGAAAUAUAUUUUCCACACUGGAUUUACAAGCGUCUUGAAUUGGAUCAAGAACUUGGCCUGCAGAACAUCAUGAAUGAGGGAGACAAAGUAAUAGCAAGGAAGUUGAUAAUAGUGAGCUUGUGGUGCAUACAAACCAACCCUUCAAACCGGCCAUCCAUGAAACAAGUGAUAGAAAUGUUGGAAGGGAGUGUUGAGUCCUUGCAGAUACCACCAAAGCCUUACUUGUCUUCUCCUCCAAAAUCCCCUGCACAUUCUUCUUCUACUACAUCGGUAUCGAUACAGUAG